AUGCCGCUGAAUGGAAAUAAGGAUUUGUCUGGUGAUUUUGUGGUUAGAUCAACCAUGGGCAAGGGCUUUGACACCUUCAGGAGCAUUCUCCGGCAGCAGGGGUUGGAGAAUUUCUUUAGGGCUAGCUGCUUUGGGCUCUAUUUAGAUUUUCCUGAAGAUACCAGUGCCCGAUUUCAAAUGACAAUGGUUUCUGAGCUUUUGAAGCGUAAGAUUAUUUGUGAUAGAAAGGAUGAGAUUUGGAUCAAUUACUGUGGCAUGCCGGUUUGCUUUGGCAUGAAGGAGUUUGCCAUAGUUACCGGAUUGAGAUGUUAUCCUUAUGAGCCUCUUCCUACUGUUGUAUUAACCAAGCCAGCCCGGACGCCCAAGGCAGACAAGAAAGCAAAGGGGUCCAAAGCUAAGAAUAAUGUCUCUUUGGUAAACUUAGUGGGAAAGAGCUACACUCAAAAGAAAUUAUUGCAAGACUUGGAGUCCAAAACUUUCUCAAAAAAGCACAAGGAGGCACUGUGCUUAGUUUGGUUUGUGUAUAGUGUUCUUUGGGCAAGAGACGUAAACUACAACAUACCGCUUGGAUUGAUUAAACUUGCUGAGGACUAUGAUGCCAUCAACAGCUAUGCCUGGGGUUUUCAAAGCUUUAGCUUGACUGUUGAAUAUUUGAUGAAGGAUUUGAAGCCAACGGGGAAGACACAAAACCUAUAUGGCUUCCCUUGGGCUUUCAUGGCUUGGGCAUUUGAAGUCAUUCCUCACCUCAGGCAUCAAGUCAAGGAAUACUCCAAAGAAGUUACCUAUCCAAGAAUUCUUAGAUGGCUCACUGCCAGGAACAACACAAAAUUGAGUGUUGAUCUUUUCAACCCCCCUAAGGAAGCUGUAAGCAUUAGAACACAACAGAUGACUAUGUUAUAG